AUGUCGAGUACCGUAAACCUCGAGCUUCCUGCAAGGCCAAAUAGCCUGGAGACAGUCAUAAGGAUGCUCGAACAUCUUUAUGCAGUGACUCUGGGGCGAGCAUUUUAUCUAAACUCCGUCUCUUUGAGUGCCUCGACCAUACAGAAAUGCUGUGAGAGCUUCUGGCACAAUGACAGCACGGAGGCAGUCAGCGACCAUGAAUUGGACCUUGCGAGGGUGCGAUCUAUGGUUCAGUUCACCAGGUUGAUUAAGGACCUUGAAGAGAGCCCGGCCGAUCAAUACAUACUCCUCAAUCUACGCGAAAGGCUGCGGUUCAUGUCCCCAUUCGUGAACUCAAGCAGGACCGGCCAAUCAAGAGCCACUAGGCAGGAUAGUGCUGAACGCGAUUUCCUGUUAAUAGACCAAAGAACGAUGACGCUAUCCGCGAUUACUAGUCUACUCAAGCUGUGCCAGAUCCUGGCGCCCAACUACAAGAGCAGUUCGCUCUGUCAGCCAAUCAUUAACGGCAUUCAGGAGCACUUCAUUAGGCCGUACUCUCUCAUCCUCUGGAGCCGGGCAAGAAGAGAUCUACUCGCGUAA